GUUGACAACUGACAUGAAAAACUUAAUUUUCAAAGUCGUAUUUCAAUCAUUCAAAUUGCAAAAUCGAAGCGUGAUAGAGUGAAAUUUACAAAAUUCAUCAGUAAAAACAGUAAAUUGAAAGAUGGAUAUUUCAUAUGAUGAAGAUCCGGAGGAUAAUGCUCUUCUGAUCGCAAAAGAAUUUGAAAGACUGGUAGAGGAAAGUUUGAUCUACCGAAUUUUCGUUUCGUUUAUUAUCAAGAUCGCACCGGGUAUGCUUAUCGUGGAGAUCCCAAUGCUUAUGUGCCCGGCCAAGCUUUGGUGCCCGUUCGAACUGUGGCCAUUACUGCGAGAGAUUCUUUAUGUAGAUUUGUCAUUGUUAUGGGGGGAGGAAAUGACGACGAAUUUAUAGAUGAUGAGAUCGAAGUGUUACUGGAACGCAACAAUAACAAAGCUGACAUUUUACAAUUUCAGGACAAUGUAAACGCAUGCAUUGCGAAAUUCAAUGAACUUAUCAAAGGUGAAUUUUCUUUGAUUUUUCAUGAAGAGUACGGCAUUUGGAUGCAUGCUACCAUCAUUUCUCUCGAGCUCUAUAACUCUUGCGACUACGAAGCCACACAUUAUUUUGGAUAUCGUAUUGGAAAAGCGCCACGCAAUUACCAACGUAAUUGUAUAGUAUCACCGCGUAAUGUUCGUGUUGAUAGUAUGCGCAGCUGUCUGUGCGGUGCACGUUUACCAAUGUUAGAAUUCGAAGCGCACAGAGAUCCAGCAGUUCAUCUCGGAUAUGCGUUAACAAGAAAUUAUCUAUGUUUUUUGGCGAAUUACGAAGGUAUUGAGGCUACUGUUCAUGGUCAAAAAGCCAAACUCGUGGACGCUUGCAGGCCGUGGACAGAUGGAAAUGUUAAAUUUCGACUCAAAAUGAUGAACAGUCGGAAUGAAAUUCAAGAAAGCUCACAAAACAUCUAUUUGGGGCAUUAUCAGUGCAAAGUCUGUCGCAAAGUCCUCUCUACUGAUGAAAUAGAGAAUCAUUUGGAAAUCCAUUUUAACGAAAUACCGGAUCUAGAAAAGAACGCGACUCCAUUUGCUAUAUUAGCAAAAAAUGUUUCCGAGAAAGUGGACCAAUUUUUCGACAUUUUUGAACGGGAAUUGAAAGACCAAGAUGCUAUAUUUUAUCAAAAUGGAUGGAGCCUUGUUACACUGACGGCUCUUAGAAUGUCCGAGUCUGGUGGUGCAUCUUACCUCAUACGAAAAUCUGAUGGUAUUCACGAAUGGGUGACAACAGCAAAUGUCCGCUUUGAUUAUCAGAUCAACAUAGAUGGCAUAUAUGCGCCUGUGUUUAAAAGAAGAGAUGAUCAGGAGCGUUAUAAAGCAAUCUUUUAAAUAGAUCCAGCGAAAAUUCUAAAAUACAAUUUAGUGUUUCACAUUUUUAUCUUUCAAAAUUGUUUAUUCU